AUGGAGAGAGACAGUGGCUCGAGGAUUGAGUACGAGGUGUUCUUGAGCUUCAGAGGGUCUGACAGUCGCCAAACAUUCACUGAUUGCCUCUAUGAAGGCAUGAAAGGUGCAGGGAUCCGAGUCUUUAGGGACAACGACGAGCUCCGAGUUGGGCAGAAGAUCAAGGAAGAGCUCCCACGGGCCAUUAAAAACUCAAGGAUCUACAUGCCCAUCUUGUCAACGAACUAUGCGUCCAGCAAAUGGUGCCUCACCGAGCUUGCCACAAUGGUUGAGAUGGCAUCGAAGUCAAAUGGCACGAAAGAGAUCCUCCCCAUUUAUCUCGACGUGAAUUCAGAUGACGUCAAGCUCAAGACUCCGCUGUACCGUGAUGUGUUUGUGCAGCACGAGACGAACUCUGGAGCCGACCAAGUGAAGGCGUGGCGUGAUGCCCUCUUGGGGGUCGAGGAAAUCAAGAGAUUGAACUUGAAGAAUUAUCGAGGCUAUGGCGAGCUCAUUAAAGUGAUCAUCCAGGAAGUCCUGGUUAAGCUGAAUGCCAAAUACAGGCUGAACAUGUUCAGUUUCCUCGAAAAUGUUCGAGAAAUCUCCAGAAGAUCGGACAGUCUUGUACAUUUGCAGAAGCAAUUGCUGUCAAGCAUCAUCGAUUUGAGGUUCAGCAGCGAUACUUUUAUCCACGACGUUGACCAAGGGAUCGACAUGAUAAAGAAGGCACUCUGUGACAAGAAAAUGCUCAUCGUGCUCGACGAUGUGGAUGAGAAAGAUCAGCUCGAAAAGCUGGUUGGGAAGAGCUAUUGGUUCGAAGAUGGAAGCAGGGUCAUCAUAACGACAAGGAACACGAGCAUCGUGACCGACCAGAUGGAAACAUUAGAGCUCGACCCUCCCCCGAAUCGGCCUGGAGGGUCAUCUCUUUCUGGCGUUUCCACUGACAAGGCCUCAUGGGAAGAGACGCUGAAGAAGUUACAGAAAGUUCCUCCGAAGAAAGUCCAAGAGACGUUGAUGAUAAGUUACGAGGGAUUAGAACCAACGCAGCGGAAAGUUUUUCUGGACAUCGCGUGCUUUUUCAUCAAAGAAAAUAAGAAAUAUCCGAUUUUCAUGUGGAGUGAUCGUGAAUACUAUCCUCAUGACGCAAUCAGAGUCCUUCUUAGGUCCUUGAUAAAGAUUGGAGAUGAAAAUAAGUUUUCAAUGCAUGACCAAGUUAGAGAUCUCGGGAGGCACAUUGUCUAUGAAGAAAAUUGCAGAUUUCCUGGCAAGCGUAGCAGGAUGGCGAAAAAGUUAAGAGUUUUAGAUUUGAGAAGCUGCAAUUGCAUGCGAAGCACACCUGACUUGUCUAACUUUGCGUCUCUCGAGAUAUUGAUUCUUGCUUGGCGUUCCAAGUUAGCCACAAUAGAUCGCUCCAUUAUUAACCUACAGAACUUGAGCACUCUGAAUAUGGAAGGAUGCAAAUCUCUUCAGGAGUUGUCGGAAGAAGUUGGUUCUCUAAAAUCUUUGACGGAGUUAAUCAUGCCCAAACAUUCUCUGCUGUGCAAGCUUCCGGAGACAAUUGGCAAUUGGCAAUCUUUGUCAAGUUUGAGUAUAAAAUGGAAUGAGAGAAUAAGCAGACUCCCACACUCUAUUGGAGUAUUAGCAAAAAAUCAAGCAUUUGUCUAUAGAAGGUUGCAAAGGGAUCAAGGAGCUUCCGCCAUCACUCGGGGAAUUAGAAUUGCUGAUUGA